AUGUCUGGAUCACAGGGAGCCAAGGCACCAGCCGAGCAUUCCAGUGCGGCCGAGAAGACGGCGACGGCUACGGCUUCUGCCCGUUACGAUGGUGGCUCUGGCUCUGGCUCUGGCUCUGGCUCUUCCUUAGUCCUACAUCAAACUCAGCACUCGGUCAAGGGGAAGGGGAAGCAGGAAGCCACCAGCUCCGGUGACACAGAGCAGAGAUGGGCCCGGCUGCAUGACCUCCCGGAAGGGAAACACAGCAACAGCGGCAGCAACAGCCACACCGACACCCACAGCAACUCCCACGCCAAUGCAAACACCAAUGCAAAUAGCAACGACAACAGCUCCAACACCAAUGCAAACACCAACUCCCACUCCCACACCAAUGUAAAUAGCAACGACGACAACCGUUCUGGCGUGCCGAUAGCCACAGCCACGGCGAAAGCCAAAGUCAAAGCCAAAGCCAUCGUCGGCAAGAAACCAAGACCGGCCCCGAUCCCAGUCACCAGCAGCCGGCCCCGGCGCGACCGCAAAGCACCGGACCGCUAUUCUCCUGGUACCCAUCCUGCCGGUACCGGUACCGGUACCGGCGCGACCAAGAAAAGCAGCAACCGCAGCCGCAACGGCAAAGGCGACGGUAAAGGUAGCGGUGACGGUGCAUCGACAAAGAUCAGAGUCAAAGCUAAAGCCAAAGCCCAGGCCGCGGGAGUGAAGAAAGCGUCGACCGCGAAGAAAGCGGCCGCGACAACCAAGGCGGUCGCGAAGAAAGCAGUCCAGGCCGCAACAACCAAGGCGGUCACGAAGACGAAGAAAGCAGUCCAGACCACACCGGCGAAGACGAAGACAAAGACUAAGACGACGACCAAGAAGCAGAAGGAGCCGACUUAA